CUCUGCCUUAGAGGAUGGUCGUGAGGGUUCACUGAAACAAUGCAGGGGAAGCCCUGAGCAUAGGGCCUGGCACACAGUAAGCCCUCAAGUCAUAGCUGUUCUUCCUCGUGGAUGUUUAAGCCUUUCAGCCCAAUGUGGGCAGGGCAGGAGAACGGCUGGGCUGUCAGGAUGGAACCGUGAAGGCUUGGAAGCCAAGAAAAGUGAACGAGCGAUUACCGGUAGAAGAAGGCCGGGCACUGAGGGUCAAAGGCGCGUGCCCGGCGACAGCAGGUGCGGGGGGCGCGCCGCCGCUGCCGCGGCCUCCCCUUUAAGAGCCGCCACCGCCCACGGCCCGCCGCUGCGGCAGGGACCUCCCCUUUAAACGGCGGCGGCUCAGUGCUCCGCGGCCCCCGCGGCGGCUGCUGCUGCGGCUGCUGCUGCUACUGCGGCUCCUGCUGCCGCCACCGCUCGACCUCCGGCAGCUGCAUCCUCGGCCCGGGCUGGGUCCCCGGCCCGCGCCUCGCCUCGCCUCGCCUCGCCUCGCCUCGCCAUGGUGUCUUGGAUCAUCUCUCGGCUGGUGGUGCUCAUCUUUGGCACCCUGUAUCCAGCCUAUUCUUCCUACAAGGCCGUGAAGACAAAAAACGUGAAGGAAUAUGUAAAGUGGAUGAUGUAUUGGAUCGUCUUUGCCUUCUUCACCACAGCUGAGACGCUCACGGAUAUCGUGCUCUCCUGGUUCCCCUUCUACUUUGAGCUCAAGAUCGCCUUUGUGAUAUGGCUGCUGUCCCCUUAUACCAAGGGCUCCAGCGUACUCUACCGCAAGUUCGUGCACCCGACAUUGUCCAACAAGGAGAAGGAGAUUGACGAGUACAUCACACAGGCCCGAGACAAGAGCUAUGAGACCAUGAUGAGGGUGGGCAAGAGAGGCCUGAACCUGGCCGCCAAUGCUGCGGUCACAGCUGCUGCCAAGGGCCAGGGGGUGCUGUCAGAGAAGCUCCGAAGCUUCAGCAUGCAGGACCUGACCCUCAUCCGGGAUGAGGACACACUGCCGUUGCAGGGGCCUGAUGGCCGCCUCCGACCCAACCCCGGCAGCCUCCUGGACACCGCUGAGGACUUAGGAGAUGACCCUGCCCUGAGUUUACGGUCUAGCGCACACCAGGCAGAUCCCCGGACAGAGAUUUCUGAGGAGGAUGUGGGAGACAAGGCCCCCAAGAGGGUCAAGUCCAUCAAAAAAGUGCCCAAAGCUGAGCCACUGGCUUCCAAGACGCUGAAGACCCGGCCCAAGAAGAAGACCUCUGGCGGGGGCGACUCGGCUUGAGGUCCCAAUGCCCACAGGCUACAGAGCCCCUGCUCACACUGUGUGCCCACGUGUCUCGGGCCCCAGGCCCCUCAGAUGGCUGUUUCUCUGGAAGGGCUUGGAAAAGAGGAGGGAGCCAUGCUGGGGGGUGUGAGGGUAGAGGUUGGACCAGGAGCUGAGGACUGAGCCACCCAAUGAAGUGGGGGCCCCUCAGAGCCUGAACCGCCAUUCCAGCCCUCCCCGCUCCAACCCUGCCCGCCCACCCAGUGCCUUGCUGAAAACCAUGGCCAUCUGCUUCUCUGGGGUCAUAACAUGCCCCUACUGCUCUCCCUGGUCAGGGGUGGGAGGCAGUCACAGCCCUGAUGGACCAGAGAUGGGCCUGAAGGCACCUGGGGGUGGGGGUGUGUGGGGAAGGCCUCAGGGAACCUGGGCAGGGGCUCCAGGCCACAGCUGUGAAUGGAGCAAAGGGGCUUAGUGUGUGCGUAAGUAACCAGGAUGGCCAGGCCAGAGCUGUCGCUGGGGGCACUGGGUACGGCUGUGUGCUAUGUGUCCCCACUAAAAAGAGGUAGAGUUCCAGGGAUGUGAGUUUUGAGUGUGUGUGUGUGUGUCUUUCUGGGUCUAAGGCUGAGGGAUAUGGGACAAAUGACUUUCCCUCCAGCAACAGCCACCCCCCACCCCGAGCCCCACAGUCAGCUGUCCCUUUUCUCCCCCCCAGCCCUCCUUCCUGGUCUCUGAGGCUCAGAGGACCCCAGCCCAUGAGAGAAAAUGGGGCUCCAAGGGGGGGUCCUCUCCCCUCCUCCUCUGCCCCCAAUUCUUUUCUGCCUCCUCUCCUUCCUGCCCUGCCCCUAGACUGGAAGGUCUAUAGAGGCGCCUGCGGAGCCAGUUCCUGUCCUCCCCACCUUGGGCCCGUCCUCCUUUCCCCCAGUCCUCUCCCUGUGCUAAGCGGAGUGGGGGCAUGUGAGCAGACCCCGCUCAGAGCCCAGCCUUUGCCCCACACCCUGCCCCAGCUUCUGCCUGUGACUUCAGUCAGGGCCAGGAGGAAUGUGGGAAGAAGAAAAAACAGUGGGGGAGCCAAGGGGCUCCCGAUUUUGUGGAAAGUGGAUGCUCAUUGGGCCUUUGGCACUGGAUGAGCCAAUAAACCAAACUCUGG